AUGAAUUAUCAAGGUACCAAUGCUUAUGGGAACAACGAAUACCCUUCCUAUCAAGAUUUGGCAAAUUCCAAGGUUACCAAUACUGACAGACCUGACGAAGACGAAAACGCUUCUUAUCCAGACUACCAGCCUAACUUCAGAUCCCAGGAAACCUUGACAUACACUGGUGGAGGUUAUGCUGACAACCGUGAACCGUUCACAAAUGAUGUAAGUCUGCCUUUUGCAACUGACGAUAAUUCAAAUGGAUUGCUGACACGGAGAUAUACGAUCUUAACGUUCCCUCGACUUGCCGUGAUGUCCAACGAACAGUUCGCGGAUGCUCAUGGGGAUCAUCAAUGCACCUUGUAUCAGGAGGCAGAGCCAAAUUCUCAUUUCAUCGAUACAAGCAAUGGUGGAAGCUCUGGACUCGUUCCGCACCAGCAAUCAGGAGUCUUUCAUCCGGGUAUCAUGAAUGCUGAUGGUCAAGAUGACAACUAUAUUUCUGCUCAAUCGCACCUAAAUAAUCAAAACAUAAAUGUGCCUGAUCAAAUAUACAUUGACCCGCCACCUAAUCGAGCUUUCGAUGAAUCGUCAGCUAUGUACCAACCCGACUACAUGUUGCCUUCCCAUGGUCCGAUUCCGAGCAACGAUCCGAUUUAUUACAUCGGUCAAGCAACGAAGCCCAUAAAUCCAGCCGUCACAGAGGGAAGUUUAGCAUCUCCAGAGGUGAACAAAUGGCAAAGUGAUACUGCUGAUACAAAUGUUUCGAGACCCCUCAAUGAGCAGCCAGUACCGAUAACUGGACUUGAACCCCAAAUACCGAUGAACGAGCAACAAAGACGUCUGAUCAGGUUGUAUGGGAAAGAUAGUGAACCCGGGUCAGAAGUGCGACCAAACGAUAUCUUUCCUUGUGAUACAGUGUUUAUACACGAUGAAGAGAUCCCCCCAUUAUUUCCCAACGGCCUUCAGGAUGCUGUGGACUAUGAAACAGUCUGUGUCACACGCAAUCUGGAGGCUAAUGUUGAUGGCGAGAUCCGUACAUACACUAUGCUUCAAGCUAUAUACGAUACAGGGAAAACGCAACGACCUGAAGUAACAUCGUUCGAUUCAUUUCCAACGCCCAAUGUCAAAUCAUGGAUGGUACCGAUUGGGUUACUCUCGGCUGCACUCAAUAGCCUCCCAACUGAGAGUACGGAUAAAGAAAGGGAAUCUGGGUUUCUCAUAGGAUCUCUUACAUCCCGAGGGCAGUUCUCUCGGAUCGAAUCACGUGAAUGGUCAAAGCUAUCAGCCGAUCAAGUAUAUCUUUCUCUAUGUCUUCAACCCAAUCUGGAGAUGACGAUAUCUCACCCAAGAGGUGAGAUCUCAGAAAUCCCCGCAAAUAACCGCACUUUAGAACAAGAGAAUGCUUGGAGGGUUUAUUAUCAAUCACAAUUCGUAAGGUUCUUGGAGGGUUCAUGCUGUGGUCGUUUGGCUACAGAGAACACGAGAGGUACUAUGUGUAUGGAACAUGGUCAAGUACGAAGAAGAAGAAGAAGCAAGGCUGAACUGGACCGGCGUCGGCACUUGCGUCUUGGUGAUUGUGAAAGUGAACAAAAUGAUUCUCACUCCUCUGCACUCGUAUCAAUGGAGAAUGAAUCAUGA